ACGGGGUGUUAGCUGCGGCAAGUCGUUUGCAACGCCGCGUUAUUGUUGUUGUGUUUUAAGUGAUUGGUGAAAAAAUUUCCAUGGAUAAAGUUAUUGGAUGCGAAAAUCUAUAGUGCUUAACAAAAUUUUCUGUAAAAAAUUCAAUUUUCGUGAAUUAGAAGUAACUUUUCAAACCGCCUGCUGUUACUGUCGGCGGCUGUGUUCUAACCCACUAACAGCACUAGAGCAGACAACAAUUAAUAUUUUUAGCUCUCAGGACCAGUAAACAUAUGUACAUCCAUAGUGUUUAGGAGCGAGUAUUAUAAAUAAAAACAACAGCAAAUUGUUGGAUACGAAAGGUAUUUUUUGUGGAUUUACUAUCUGGCUUAAAUAAAAGAAACGCAAAACUGGCGGACGAACAAGCAGAAAGCGCCAACAAGAUGAGUUGGGGAACGCAACUUUGGGAUCAGUAUGAAAAUAUAUCGUCACAGACGAACAAAGGCAUAGAAUUCCUUGAAAAAUAUUGCAGUUUCAUACAAGAUCGUCUGGCGAUAGAAAAAGAAUAUGCAACCAAAUUGCGACGCUUGGCGAAGAGCUACCAGCCCAAAAAGCGGGAGGAGGAAGACAACGAAUUUUCAUCCUGCCAAGCUUUUCGCAAUGUGCUGAAAGAAAUCAACGACUUAGCGGGCCAGCGCGAAGUAGUCGCCGAAUCACUGGAGCAACGCAUCGUGCAAGGCAUUCAAGUGCUCUCUAAAGCGUUACGAGAUGAACGAAAGCGAUGUCUCAAUGAAGGCACAUCCCUACAACAGACACUCACCGCACAGUUGGGCGCACUCGAUCGUGCCAAACGCAACUACGAGAAGGCUUUCCGCGAGUCGGAAAAAGCUGUGGAGAAUCACAAGAAAGCCGAUAUGGAUCUGAAUUUGAGUCGAGCCGAAGUGGAACGCUAUAAGAAUAUAAUGACAGCGAAAAUACAACAAUCGGACGAUGCGAAAAACGAAUAUGCCAAUCAACUGCAGAAGACAAACAAUUUACAAAGGCAGCACUACGGUGUCGCAUUGCCAACGGUCUUCAAUCGCCUACAGGAGCUGGAUGAGAAGCGCACAGGCGGCAUACGUGAAUUCAUCAUUGGCACAGCAGAGGUCGAAUCAGCGGUGGCGCCCAUCAUUGCACGGUGUAUGGAGGGCAUUGUCAAAGCGGGCGAGUCAAUAAACGAAAAGGAAGACUCCUUCAAAGUCAUAGAAAGAUAUCAAUCGGGCUUCACACCACCAACCGACAUACCUUUCGAUGAUUUGUCGAAACAGAAUCCCGAUUCACCGCUAGAUUCCCGUGUGCUUUCAAACCAUUUCACCGUCAAGGGCACCAUUAGUAAAGGCGUUAAGAAGCGCACAGCGAUCUUCAGCUUCUUCGGUAGCAAUAAGCCACAGAAGAUUUAUGAAGCCUGUAUCACCAUGAAGAACUCCCUAACGGCGGACGGCCAAAAGGAAGAUUUCAGCGAUUUACCACCGAGUCAACGGCGCAAGAAGCUACAAGCUAAAAUUGCCGAACUGCAGCAUAAACUCAAUCAAGAGGUGGCCACACGUGAUGGUCUCAUGAAAAUGAAGAUGGUCUAUGAGUCGAACUCAUCGUUGGGCAAUCCGAUGACAGUCGAAGGACAGCUGAAUGAGUCCGAGCACAAAAUGGAAAAGUUACGCAUGGAUUUGAAGAAGUUCCAAGGCUAUUUGGAGAGUGCGAAUCAAAUGCCGCUGGCCAGUAAUAGUCCGCAAGCGAGUCGCAUACUCAUGCAGAAUGGACACCGAACAUCGAGACAUUCCAAUGGCAGUGCCGAAGAUCACAACGAUGAUGGCGACGAUCAUGCCGAUGACGGUGGCAGCUUAAGCAGGUCAGGUUCUGAGGAUAAUGUGGCGCAAAUACAAAAUGGGCAUAAUAAUAACAAUAACGGCAGUUCGGCUAGUCCCGAAAGCGGUUUGGGUACGUCGCACACCUCACUGCCGGGUUCAGGACAGGGUAGUGCGAACGAGAACGCCAUCGGCGAGGACGACUACGAUGGAGCGGAGAUCGAGGUGCUGCAGCCACUGGGCACGUGUCGAGCGCUCUACCCCUUCGAAGCGACCAGCGAAGGCAGCAUACCGAUGAUUGAGGGCGAAGAACUGCAAGUCAUUGAGAUCGAUCAGGGCGACGGUUGGACGCGCGUGCGCCGUGCCAACGCGGCGAACGGCUGGGAUGAGGGAUUUGUGCCGACUAGUUAUAUUGAAUGUACACUGUAUGCAUAAGUCGUUUAUAUAAUUGUUUAAAGAUCAACUUUUUUUUAAUUAAUUAUUAAUACUUAAUUAAUUUGCCUUAAUUUAAGUACGAAAAGAGUUGAUUUAGUUAGUUUGUUAUUACUUUAUGUUGAAAUUUGGCACUUUUAGUUUUGUGUUUUUCAUUUUUGAUUUUUAUUUUUUGAAAAUUUCCACUCCUUGAAUUAUUGGCGAGUUCUGAUUUGCUGUUUCUAAUGUAUAAAUAUGCUCUGUGUAAAAAAGUGACUUACUAACCGAACUUCCACAUGCUCCAACAACAAUCAAACAAUCAUAGUCCAUACAUACAUUUGGUUGAGAGCAUGGCAUUCAUUUAUAAAAGCAACAAAGCUGUCGACGGCGCCGAGCCGAGCAGUUCCACAAGCAGCACACCGACUAUUGACUAUUUCGAGCAACAACACAGCAGUGUUGUCUAGCAAACUAUGUAAAUGUGUAUGUGUCCCAAAACGUUUCGAUUCCAAAAUGACCAAAUUCGAUUUGCUGACUUUGAGCGCAAGUGAGCGAUAGCGAAAGAGAGAGAGAGAGAGGGCGUAACUUAAGCGCGAAAUAACUGAUAACCAAGUAUUGUGAAUUGCUUUUCAUUAUGUACGAUUAUUAUUCAUAAUUUUUUUCAUUUUAAAUUUUUCGUAAUGUUUAUAUAGAAAAAUAAUUAAAACUAAUUUAAAAUGCUGUGAGAAAGAAAUUAUUACAGACAGUGAUACAACUCUAUUGUAAUUGUAUAAAUGAAAAAAAUAUAUAAAAAAAAAUUGCAGAAAUGUGCAAAACUGCAAAGAAAACAUAAACAAAGAAAAAAGAUUUGUUAGGGGGGGUCAGCGGGGCAAAUGGUUGACUUAAAGGGGGAUAUGCCGCUCUACUAGGCAGUGUUUUGUAAAUGCGUUUGCGUAGAUAAUAUGAAAUUGUAUUUUUAUUUUAAUGCAUUUUUUCAUUUUUCGCCACCACAGUCACAGCCACAACUGUUAUUAUAUACAUACAUACAUAUUAAUUAUAUCAAAAUAUGUAAGAAAUUGCACGCUUUCACGCAGCAAA